UUAAUCGCCAUUUUUCUGAGUUUACAUGAUAAUAAUGCCCUCAAUAGCUGAUAAAGACUCGGUAGUUGUUCACCCUACCAUAAUAUUAAUGAACGUAAAUUGUGAAUUUGUGAUUACCGAGUAAUAUUCAAUAUUUACUGUUACUGAUGUGUAUUAACUAUGAUUGUUUCUAUGUCUACGAGUUUGGAGUUAUGGUUUAAUGGACUUCAGUGAUUGGUAUUCUAUACGUUUUAAUAGUUGCAUUUUUUUGUUCCUUUUAAGGCUGUUGCUAAAAUGCAUAGGCUGAAAGGUUGUAAAAUGUGACUGAAGAAUUUUUAGUAAAUGGGUUUUUAUUAAUCUUUUUUCUAUUUACAAAUACGAUUAUGACAAGCAGUUAAUGCAUUUUGGACAUUCAGUUUUUAAUUAUGGAAAGCGAUAAUAUUUCAAAUAAUGAAACUACAAAUUGGAAAGGAACUAAUAAAAGUUUAUUGCCUAGAAGCUUUGGCAAACGAUUGUGUCCAUCACUUAAACCUAGUUUGGAGCAUACACUAUUAUUUAAAAUUCCAAUUGGUAUUAACAAAAUACCAGAACCAUAUCCUAAAGAAUAUUGUGAUAGCUGGGAUGAUAAUCAUGUAAAGAUGCCAUGUUCUAAACAUAAUUUACUUUUAGUUCACGAGAAUGAUAAAAGUUCUAAAAAAAAUCGAUGGGAUAUUAUCACCAACAGUUUACUUAAGCCAAUAUCGUCGAGUGAAGAAUUAGAAAAAGCUAUUAUAUCAUAUAAUUCCAAGUAUAAAAACCAAUGGCGAUUCUAUUUACUACAUUCAUUUUUUGAUGAAUGUUUAAAUGAGGAAGAAACGGAAGAAUUUUUUAUUAAUUUAUUACCAAAAAUCAUUAAGUUAGCAUUGCAAUUGCCUACAUUAGUAACUAAACCAAUACCUUUGUUGAAACAAACUCAUAAUCACUCCAUAUCAUUAAGUCAAAUGCAAAUUGCCUGUCUCUUGGCUAAUGCUUUUUUAUGUACAUUUCCACAUCGAAAUGUUAGCAGUUCAAAGUCUGAGUAUUCAGAAUAUCCACAUAUCAAUUUUAAUGGAUUAUUCCAAUUAAUGGUAACUUCUUCAGCCGAUCACUAUUUAUAUGAAAAAUUAAAAUGCAUUAUUUGUUAUUUUAAAAAAGUCACUAGUGCUAAUUCUGUUCUUAAUGGAAUUGUAACAUAUUCUAGAAGAAGAUUACCAUCUGGGGAUUUACCAUAUUGGUUACAGUCGACAAAGAAGUUGACAAAUUUGUAUAUAACAUCUGAUGGGACAAUAGAAGAUAAUGGUGAUGGAAUGCUGCAAGUGGAUUUUGCAAAUAAAUUUAUUGGAGGGGGUGUUCUUGGUCACGGUAGUGUACAAGAAGAAAUUCGGUUUUUAAUUUGUCCUGAAUUGUUGCUGUCUCAGCUGUUUUCAGAAAAGAUGCUACACACAGAAGCAAUUAUUAUUACAGGUGUGGAGAGAUUUAGUGAUUACAGUGGAUAUGCAGAUUCUUUUGUGUGGAAAGGUGUUCAUUUAGAUGUUACUCCUGUUGAUGAAAAUAAUCGCCGUUACACUACUGUUGUUGCAAUUGAUGCAUUGUACUACAGUGAUCCUAAGACUCAAUUUAAAACAAAAAACUUAAGACGAGAACUGCACAAAUCAUUUGCUGGAUUUUCAUGGGGGCAAGGAUCAGAGUGUUCUAAUGUUGCAAUAGCAACAGGAAAUUGGGGCUGUGGUGCAUUUCGUGGAGACAGUCAUCUAAAAUCAUUGUUGCAAUUAAUGAGCGCUGCUCAAGCCAAUCGAGAUGUAGCUUACUUUACAUUUGGUGAUACUAAAUUGUUAGACUCAAUUUAUAGUAUGCAUACAUUUUUGAAAAGCCAAGAUAUUACAGUUGGUGAAGUUACUAGUAUACUUAUUAAAUACUAUGCAUGUUUGGAAACUAUGCCAUGUGUUAGUGUACACGAUUAUAUUUAUGAUGCUUUUGCAAACAAAGCCAGGCAGGUAUUAGACAAUAAUGAAUGUAAACCUAAAAUAUUCUCACAGUAUUUACAGAAUCAAGUGUUGAGGAAUAAUUAUAAAGCAGAAGAGUCAAACACUGAAGAUGAUAAAACCUCUGAACAGUUACAUUCUCUUUCAAGUUCAUCUUAUGUAGAGUCUAGACCUUGUUCAAGUUCAAAUCUACCAGAGUCAAUUCCUGAAGUGUCUCAGUCCACGAGCUCUAAUAUAAUAAAAUCAAUUUCAAAAGAGUCUCAGUCUCUUUUAAGUUUGAGUACUAUAAAGUCCAUUUCUGAUGAUUCCAAGUAUUGUUUAAAUACAACUUUUAUUGAGUCACCUUCUAAAAAGCCUCAACUUUCUUCAAGUUUAAGCAUAAUAGAGUCAACUCCAGAAAAAGUAGAAGAGGAACCAAAAGUAAUAGGUGUUGAUAGUAUAGAUUCCACAGAUCACGUGGAUAAACAAGAGACCCAAGAUGUUAGGUUUUUGCCCGUAAAUCAAUUUAGAUUAAAGAAUGACGAAGAGCGAACUAUGUGUAUUAAGCAACAGAAAAACAGUUGGCUUCAAUUAAACGAUUCCAAAAAAGAUUUUCAAUCUGCUAUUGAAAAAUCGUCUGCAGUUACAGGACAGUUGAGUAUUCUUAAAAGAGAUAGAGAAGAACAAGAUGGAGGAAAAAGAGUAGUUAAACGUAAAAUAUCUGAUUACUUUUCACCAAAAAGAUAAUAUUGUUCUAUUAGUAUUAAUUUUGAUUAAAUUUGAUGUAUGUAUUUUAUAAAUUUUAGUUUAAUUUUUAAUAUAAAAACAUUAAAAUGGA